ACGCCUCUCCGAGCUGCCGGCCGCUCGCCAGCCCCGCCGCCUGCUCCCUGCUCCGGCCUCGCCGACCCACGCCACCACCAUGAGCCAGUCCUACUCCUCCAGCCAGCGGGUCUCGUCUUACCGCCGCACCUUCGGCGGCUCCCCGGUCUUUCCCCGUGCCUCCUUCGGGAGCAAGGGCAGCAGCGGGAGCUCCGUCACCUCCCGCGUCUACCAGGUGUCCCGCACCUCGGCCGUCCCCAGCCUGUCCAGCUUCCGCACCACCCGCGUGACGCCCCUGCGUUCCUACCAAAGUGCCUACCAAGGUGCCGGCGAGCUGCUGGACUUCAGCCUGGCCGAUGCCAUGAACCAGGAGUUCCUUCAGACCCGCACCAAUGAGAAGGUGGAGCUGCAGGAGCUCAAUGACCGUUUUGCCAACUACAUUGAAAAGGUGAGGUUCUUGGAGCAGCAGAAUGCCCUCAUGGUGGCCGAGGUGAACCGCCUGCGGGGCAAGGAGCCCACCCGCGUGGCUGAGAUGUAUGAGGAGGAGCUGCGGGAGCUCCGGCGCCAGGUGGACCUGCUCACCAACCAGCGAGCUCGUGUGGAGGUCGAGCGCGACAACCUGCUCGAUGACCUGCAGAAGCUCAAGCAGAAGUGAGUGGGGGCCCUUGGAGUGUCCCUGCGGGCAUCCAUCUGUGCAUCUCUAUCCCCAGGGAUGGGUGGGGGCAGAGAUCGCCCUGACAGCCCCUUUGGUGGUUACUGUCAUCCUUGCGCCUCAUGCUCAUAGACUAUCAUGUCCCCACUACUCUGUUCCCCUUGACCCCUGUCCCGAUGCCCAGGCAGCACCCAGUGGGCAGGAUGGCUCCGGUAAUAGGGGUGUCCCUCUGCCCUCCCUUACGGUGGAGCUGAGGCUGGGCUGUGAUGCCACAGGACACCCAGAGAAGGGAGAUCGAAGUGCACCUCACCAUGGGGUCCCCACCUCUGCUCACACCAGGGAGGGCUGGCGAGCCCAUGAGUGAGCUGAGCUCUGUGGGAUAG